AUCUGCGUGGAAGAUGGCAGAGUUGAGCGCAGUCCGACACGAACUUAGAACCAGAAAUCGGAGCAGUUCUUUCGGGGAGCCUCAGUGUAAAGAUGAGCAACAGAAACUGGCCGUGCCGUUCUGCGGCGGCAUCCGGGGCGGACUGAGACCGGGGAAGAAAAUCACGAUCAUGGGCGUCGUGAAUGCAGAUCCGGACAGAUUUGACAUCAGUCUGACGUGCGGCUGCGGGGACGUCGCUCUGGAUAUGUGCGUGCGGUUCGAAGACCGGGAGAUUUUGCGAAACGCCUGCGUUUCUGAUAGCUGGGGCGAGGAGGAGAGGUCAAUACCCUACUUGCCCUUCAUCGCAGAGCAGCCUUUCAGGGUUGAGAUUCAUUGCGAGCACCCGCGCUUCCGUGUGCUCGUGGACGGCCAUCAGCUCUUUGACUUCUACCACCGCGUGACGCCGCUGGCGGCCAUCGACACCAUCCAGAUCAGCGGCAGUCUGACCAUCACCAAGCUCAACUGACGUCUGCUGCGUGUCGUGAAUCCAGCUUCCCAGCAGCCCGUCCGUUCAGAGCAUUAAAGACUGUCUGUGAUAGCGAAGGACGCUCCAGAAUCAUCUAGAACUGAUGAAUUGAUGCAUUUCGAGCUAUAAGGAGGCAUUUCUUUUUAUGAGCAUCACAAUUCUCAGUAGCAUUUUAGCAGAAGUCAACAUGAAAUGCCAUUCGCAUCCAAUUGUUUUUUUUUUGGAGUGCAACGGGAUAUUCAAAUAGAAAAAAAACGUAGGGCGGGACUUGAUUUUGAUGUAUUUUUGAUGUCCAACCCAUAAGUUCGCAUCAUCCUGGUCCUUUUGUCAAAAACUCAAUAGGAUUUUCCAUUGGCUUUUGGAUUAUUGCAGAAAAAAAGCUCUGUGACUCAUUUUGUUCAAUAUGAUAAUCUUGACAAUCAAUUUUGAAUCCUAAACAUCCUAAAUCACCAAAAGUAAAAAACUAAAUGUAAACUAACUACAACGAGAUCAUGUAACUUCAACAUUUUCGCUGAAAGUUUGAGUUAGAGUAGUUUGCACGAGCACAAUGAGGCUGUGAAAGCGACUAGUGAGUAGAUGAGUUUAACCUCUGCGGUUAAAUGUAUGCAAUUGUUAGCAGUUGCGAUAAAAUGUGAAAAUAUCAUGAGCUUGUGUUCACCACUGAGCUUCUUUCAGGAAUUAAACCAAAAACCCAUUCAGGAAACUAGUUGACUUCAGCUCUUCAGCUCUGGAUUUCAGUGCUAAAAUGCCACUUGUUUCAUAGUUUUAAACUACAAAAAUAGUGCAGUGCACUAUUAAGUGACAUCAGUAGAGGAAUUUCAGAGGAAGAACAAGUUAUGAAGACAAAAUAUUAAACAUAUAUUAAAAAAUAAUAUUAAAUAUAAGACCAAGAGCAUGCAUUCAGAAAGUAAAAAGGGUCCGUUUGCAUUUCAUGUUGACUUUAUGGCAUUAAAGUGGAGAUGACAGAAAUGGAGAAAUGUAAGAUGAAUGUUGCAUUUAACAACAGCGUUUAACAAUGUACAGCUUCAGUGAAUAGCGAUAUAUGAACGUACUGCCUGAAUUUACCAGUGUAGCUCUCCAGCUAAUGUACUCAGGUGGAAACCCCAAAGAGGUUUGUUUGUUUCUUAAAUACGUGUAUAUAACAUAAACAGGGUGAUUUGAGAGUUGCAUCUGUCUUACAGCAAUAGUGAUCUUUCCAUUGGAAUUCCACUGACAAGCACUUAAAGGAACACUCCACUAUU